CGUACCAAGUUUCUUACUCCUUUGGUUGUCGAUUUGGGAAACCUUCGCCGCCAUCGGUCAUCUUCCUGAGGGCGCCGCUCUCGCCCCUCCUCUCCUGUGCGAGCGACGCCGAUCCGGAGCAGUUACCUCUUCUGCAGCAUCAUCUCUUCAAUUUGGGGGAAGACAACGAAGACUCCGAAUCGAGUUUUGUCAUCAACAAAGUUUUUGUUUUGAGCUGCUGGAACAAUGAAGAUGCCCAAGCUUGUUUGUCAAAACUACAGGACUCUUUGGCCAAUGACACUGUUGUUGUUGGGAGUUUCCAUGCUUGUGUUAGUGUCUCUCAUUAUUCAAGAGACUAAAGGAGAUUGUAAUAGAGAAGAAAUCAUCACAGUUGUGUCACUCAUUAAGGAUCAUGAGAACCAAUUGCUUCAAAUAGACACCAUGAUGCAUGGGAUAGCACAGACCCUUACUUGGGAGAAGAACUUGUCUUUUCUCUUCACCACACAAAGCAAGAUAGUCCCACAACUUUACAUGGCAAUUAUGAUGCAGAAAUGGGUUGCAGAAAUUUCUUAUGUAGAGCCUCAAGGGAAAGUUUUCUCAUAUUAUGGUCAAGGAAAUGAAACUUAUGUAUUGUUCUCAAAUGAUUAUGAUUAUUUAUGGUGCACCCAGGCAUUGAAUGGUACUGGAAAAUUCUCUGAUGAGGUUACAUGUUCACCACCAAGGCAUUUGAAUGAUUCCUUGUUCCACAUUGCAUCAUAUGUCGGGAUAGGUUUGCAAAGCAUUCAUAUGCUAUUCUUCAACACUCCACUUGGAAAUUCCACAAAUGGGGUUUUGUCGGUGGGAGUGCCUCUAGAAACUCUCAAGGAUUCUAUCUCAAGCAUCAACAUUCAUGGUGGGCACCUGCAUUUGGCUACCCGAGGAGGAGAAGUAAUUGCACCAGAUGGACCUCCUCAUACUCAUUUUGUUUACGGUGACAAUGGAGUAUCCGUUGUUGCAAUGGAUGAGGAUGAUAUGAAUGUUGUAGAGAAGUAUGAUGACUUACCUUGCCAUGGAAAUAUCUCUGUUUGGCCAUCGCAUAUUAAGUGUUUGAAGAUUCAGGGUAGGAGGUAUCAGUUUGGUUGUUUUCUCCUAGAUGCAUAUGGAAUGGAACUGGUAUACAUAGCAGCUUUCCCCUGUAAAGGAGGCGUAUCAUUGUUGAAAAAGAUGAGGACUGUUGUUGUGAUUCUAGUAUUACUCAUCAUUCUAGGCAUGGUUCUUGGAAGUUAUGUGCUGCUACAUCUACUUCAUAGGUCACAGUUACAAGAAGGACUGCUACAAGCUAAACUUAUCAAGCUUAAAGGAGCAAUUCAACAAGCAGAGAGAAAAAGUAUGAACAAGAGUUUGGCAUUUGCUAGCGCUAGCCACGACAUACGUACAUCUCUUGCAGGCAUUACUGGAUUGGUGGGAAUUUGCCUUGCUGAUGCACCUCGAGUUUCUGAGCUACAUUCAAAUAUGCAACAAAUUAAUACUUGUGUAACAAAACUUCUUGGGAUACUAAAUUCUAUCCUUGACACAAGCAAAAUUGAAGCAGGAAAAAUGCAACCAGAAGAAGUUGAGUUUGAUAUAUGCCAAGUCCUUGAAGAAUCAACUGAUAUCUUUCACAUUGUGGGACUCAGUAAGGGUUUAGAGGUUAUAUGGGAUCCUUGUGAUUUUUCCAUUUUUACAUCUACCAUUGUGAGAGGCGACUGUCAAAGGCUUAAACAGAUAAUUGAUAACCUAUUGAGCAAUGCAGUGAAGUUUACAUCUGAAGGACAUGUUGUUCUGCGUGCAUGGGCUAGAAAACCAAGCUUCAAAAAAAUUGAAGUUUCUUCCAGAAAAGGUUAUAAUUUAAGAAAUGUGUUGAAUCCUUUAUUAGGAUGGCGUUCCAAAGAUAGCUUGGGUGACAAUUAUGUCGGGGAUCUAAUUGAAAGUGAUCCCAAUCACAUUGAGAUAAUCAUAGAGGUGGAUGAUACAGGUGUAGGAAUCCCCAAGGAGAAAAGAGUUUCUAUUUUUGAAAACUAUGUUCAAGUUAAAGAGUCAAUGAAUGGAGGACAUGAAGGCACUGGCUUAGGACUUGGCAUAGUCCAAUCCUUUGUGCGUCUUAUGGGUGGUGAGAUCAAAAUCAUGGAUAAAACUCCUAAUGAAAAAGGAACUUGUUUCAGAUUCAACAUUCUUUUGAAAUCAUGCAAACCAAGUGAUGCGAAUGUGGAUGAUGAAUCAAGAGCUGAAAGGUCGAGUUCAUUGCCAACCAACUCAAUCAUCAUUAAGGAUUCUGCAAAUUCUCAGAUUGUGCGAUCUAGUAUUUCAAGUAUGGGAUUCAGAAGGGGUUUAGCAAGAGAUAGCAUUCAUGCCAUACUUUUUGUUCAAGGUGAUGAAACUAUACGAAUAUUGCAAAGAUGGAUGGAAAUCUCAGGAGUAGAAGUGUGGGUGAUUGAUCAUUGGAGGCUUAUUUAUUCCAUCACAGAGAAAAUUAAGAAUAGUCUUGGUCGUUUAGGGAGAUCUAAGUCAAGGUCACUUGCAAGUUUGUUGAACACGGCAGCUGAAUUCUCACACUCAAAAGAUGAAGCCAACAAGUUUCUACCUCUCUCCAAUAUAGAGUUCAAGACUAGCUCAAAAGACUACACAAGUUGUGUGUUAAUUGUCAUUGAUUUCAGUCAUGGGAAUUUUCCAGAGAUUGAAUUAACUUUGAAGAAAUUGAUAAGUGGCAAUGAAUCUCUCCACUUCAAGAUUGUUUGGUUGGUUAACUCCAAUGCUCCUACUGAUGGAUUGAGAAGAUCUAAACACGUGCCAUGCCACCUCAUAUUGAAAAAGCCAAUCCAUGGAUCCCGCCUAUAUGCACUCUCGAGACUUAUACAAGAUUUUGGGAGAGAAAGUGAACAUGAUUUGCAUAAAAUGCCUAGUUCUAUGGAAAGUAACAAAUUUUUGUCUAAUUCUUCAUCUUUCCAAUGUAGUAGCCAUGAAGUGUUUUCAUCGAGUCUAAAUUUGGAGCAUAAGCCGUUAAAUGGCAUGAACAUAUUCCUUGCGGAGGAUGUACCUAUACUGCGGCAAGUGGCUACAAAAUUAAUUUCUCGCCUUGGUGCGAGUGUUACUUCUUGUGAAAAUGGGUUGAAGACUUUGGAUUUAAUUCGAAAUGCUUUAAGGAAAUUAGAUUCCACGCAUGAAGGUAAUGCAAGUAAUGAUUCAAAGGGCUUUCCUUAUGAUGCUAUUCUUAUGGAUUGUGAGAUGCCAUUUAUGAAUGGUUAUGAAGCAACAAGGCUUAUUCGCGAAGAAGAAAGAAAUUAUGGCCUCCGAAUUCCAAUUAUUGCUCUUACUGCCCAUGCUUCACCUGAGGAAGAAAGGAAGACAGCACUAGCAGGAAUGGAUUUCCAUUUGACAAAGCCAUUACAAGCCAAUCAAUUACUCCAUGCCAUCAACACUGUUAUAAAGCAGGAAUCAAUCUGACAAGUUAAGUAGAGAAAGACUGGAAGUAAAGACACUUGUAAUUUCAUUGGAGAAAGCAUCUCUUCAGGCAUCCUUUGCGUCAUUCCUAAAGUGUCCUCUUUUGAUCCAUGAAGAGGUUUUUAUCCUUUUCCUUGGUCAUAAAUAAGAAGGGAGAGAUAAGUUGUUGAUUUAUCUUGUCUACUUGGAAGAAAAUAAAGAGUUUUAUUGACAUGGCAUAGUUUUUGCUUUAAACUUUGCAUUACCUUUUCUGAUUUUGGUCAAAUUCUGUCAAAUGCAGAAACAUCUUUAGCCUUAAGAAAAAAAGAAUGCUUAAAAUUGCCAUCUUUAUGAGACAAUUGCAUUGGAAAUUUUUAAUGCAAUUUGGCAUUCACGUCACAGAGCUCUUGAGCUUUUGCUAAGGUGGAGAAACCUGAUUAUGCAUCUGAAAUCCAUGAUUUCUAGAUGUGUGCCUAAACACAAUGACUGCAAUUUGUAUUAUCAUAUAGUAAGUUUGAUAAUCUAUGUAAACCUAUUCACCGAAGAUUUAUCUUCUCUACAGCUUAUGGAUUCUGACCAUGUCUAUCUAUGGUGAAAAAAGUGUUGUGUAUAAUGACUCGAAAAAACCCCGAAAAAACAACUUAUUCUGGCCUCAUUAUUCUUGUUUUUACAUGUAUUUUUUUUAAUUGCCAAGAUCACUUUCAGAAGUUUCUCCGCAGGUUAAUGUCUGGUGGUUUUGUUGCAAUAGUAAUAGUUGAGAGCCUUUCUAUGUUUUCAUCUGUUUUUGUCCCUCUACUUUUCUGUGUUGAUUUUGACUUAUUUAUUGUUCGACUGGGAGUCACUAGAAUAGGGAACAAAAAACGUAUUGGUAUCUUGGAGCUUUUGGUGAUAGUAUCUGUUCCAGUUCUAGAACUGCUGCUUGUUUACGACAAACAUCUCAACGAUGUAAGUUAAAUCAUUUCUAAAAGCUAUAACGUCUUUGAAAAUUUACAUUUAUAAUCUAUCUGACAAACUGGAGAGAUAUUUUCACUUUGAUCGUGUAUGAUUGAUACCGGUUUUGUUUUAUGAGUUCAACCCUGCUCUUUUUUUAUCUAGGACAACUACAGCGGGCAGCAUGAUCUUCAUCGAUUAUUCCAACUUCCUGCAAUUGUUUUGAUGAGCUAUAACAUUUCUUAAAGUUGAUUUGUAAUCUUUCCGACAAACUGAGAAUAAUCCCUUCUUUUGAAGCAGCAGUCAUGAGAAUAACCAAGUGUUUGCUCAAACUAUCUGCUUUCGGCUAUCGAUAAACCUCUUUUAAAAUGAUAUAUUUUAAACAAAAGUUCACAUUUAGAAGAUCUCUAAUCACGAACAAAGCGUGCUAAAAUCAUGACACUACAAAAAAAUCAAUCAUUUUAGGAUGAAUUUAGCAAUGAAUUUCCAAAAAAAAUCGUUGCAAAAUUAUUUUGCAACGAAAUUUGCGAUGAAAAAAUAUUCGUUGCAAAUCAGUUGUCCUUAAAUUUAGCGAUGAAAAACUGAAAAUUCGUUGUAAAAUUUGCAACGAAUUUUCUAUUCGUUGCAAAAUUUUCCGUUGAUUUUGCGACAAAAAAAAAAAAUUGUCGCAAACUUCUCUUCAACCGAAAAUCUAUUUUUUGCAACGAAAUUCUAAAUUUGUUGCAAUCUGCAAUGAAAUCAAAAUUUGUCGCAAUCUGCAACGAAAACUAAAUUAGUCACAAUUGGCAACGAAUUUUAAUAUUCGUUACAAAUUACAACGAAUUCAGAAUUUCGUUGCAAAUCUAAGAAAAAUUCUAAAUUCAUUGCGUAUCUGCAAUGAAUCCAGAUUCGUUGCAGAUUGCGACAAAUAUUAAUUUUUGUUGCAAAAUUUCGAUAUGUUUUUUUGUGUUGUUUUUUAUCUGAAGUUUCAUUUGAUUGUUUUUACUGAAGUAUUUAAGCAUUUUUCUCCUUUCUCUAUAAAUUGUAAAAAAUUGAUCUUUUCAACUUUUUUGAUUACUGAACUAGAACAUUUGAAAUAGAAACAUACAUGAAACUUAUGUUGCAUUUCACAUUCUUAGAAGUGUUUCCCAACUGGAAUUUCCCCUGGGCUACCGAUUUGUUCCCCCUUGGUGUACAUGCACAUUAUGUCUACAUAGUGCGCCUUCUGUGAUAUAGGAUAAACAAUUUGAAAUGCAGAUGAAUGCAUGAAUAGGAAUUAUACUGUGUAAAUAUCUGCAAACAUCUUUAUAUUAAUAUUUGCAGCUAAGGCUGUUUUAUAUCAUAUCAAAAUAGAUAAAAUUUUUGUCUGUCGUUUUAAAAAGAACCAAGGCUGAACAUUCUCAGGUCAUUUGUAAAUCUCAUGGCUUUAGUUUGGUUUUAUUUUUAUUUGAAAACUUACAAAUGAAAGUUCUAGUUUGGGUUGAAAUUUGCUAAUGUUUUGAUAAAUCAAUUCUGCAUACUCCUACAUGCUUAUGAGUUUCCAGCGUGACGGUGAUGAGGAAAAGAAAGAGAUGGGUGUGAGAAACUUUACAGCAUGAUUAUCUCAUUUAACAUGCUUAUUGGCUUGCGAGAAAGAUGACAGAGAUUGUUCCCCUUUGCUUUCAAAAAAAAAAAAUGAAGGAAUUUCAU